GAUACGUGUGAGACUUUUUAAUGCAGAGUUUACGAUUUUCAAAAAGAACUCAUUUUUCGAUCAAGGAGAGCGGAUGAUAAAAAACAAUUUCCACCGACAACUUUUCUUCCAAGGACUUAUACCUACCAUGAAAAUGGUAUAUAUUCAGUGAAGACUACUCCUACGUAAUUUCAAUAACUAUACUUACUGGCAAGAGAAAUUAAAAACAACCGAUGAAAGUACAGGCUAUUAUAAUAUAACAAAGUAAUUAUUUCAAUCGCCCUUGAGCUAUUAUUAUCAAAAGUUGAAUUUAGUUAAUAAAGUGGCAAACAUCACCCAUAAUGAAAUAAGCCACGCCGUAAAAAGAUAGGUAUCCUUUACUCAUAAGCAGUUAUCGAUGAUGCGACAGGAUUACUCAUUUGAGAAUCCCCUAUUUAUAUUGUGUUUACCUACUUUUAUCAACAAAACGAUUUUCACUUCCUCCAAGUGAUAUACCGACUACGGAUCAAAUUAAGUCAUUUACAGAUUUUAUUAGCGUUCCAAUGCGAACUGCUACUUAUGUAUAGUGCGGUCACCUAUUAUUGUGCUCGAUAAUGUGAAAUCUUAUCUUAAAAUUACGAACAGUGUGUACCAAAUGAUAAGAAUUAGUGAGCAAGGCUAAUAUAGUAGUGUAUAUUAUUAUGUCUCCAACUAAAGAUAGGUUAAACGACUUAAAAAAGAUUCAAAAUGGAGAGGUUUCCGUACUUCUUGGCGUGGGUGCGUCGGAUAAACAAACGACAGAUAUCAAUACCACGCUAACAAGAGUGGACAAGAUUCGGGAAAAUAUUGAAAUAAUAAGGCAUAAUACACUGGUAUCGGAUAGCAUAUUUCAAAGCAAUUCCUUCAAAUUAACAGCAGAGUUGCAAGAUCAAAUAGACUCCCUUUUUCAAAGUACGACAACCGCAUCAUAUAAAAUUAACAAACAACUUAAGGAAUUUGAAAAUGAAUUGGAUAAAAUAAUAGAAAAGUCCUCGGCGAAAUAUAGAAUUAAUCAAACUCAAUACAACACGCUAAAAGGGGACUUCCGUAAGGCUCUUGCAGAGAGCAGUUCAUCACUCGAAAUCCACAGAAAUAACCGAAAAAACGUGUUGAAAAAAUGCCUUAAGUUAGUACACGAGGAGGCGGAUGACGAACAAUUGGAAGCUCUUUUAGAUAGUAACAAACUGGAUGUAUUUACAGAAAAUCAUUUAGUUACAACAGAAGAGGCAAGACGGCAGUUACACGAUAUAGAAGAACGCCACGAAGAACUGCUCAAAAUUGAGAAGAAUCUAGAAGAGGUGAUGGGUUUAUUUGUAACAAUCGCCACGUUGGUAGACCAGCAGCAAGAACUAGUUGAUAGGGUGGAAUUUCACGCGUCUAGUGCGACGGACUACGUUGAGCAAGGUACACAUCAACUGAAAAAAACCAUUCGAUCAAAAAAGAAAUGGAACAAGAGAAAGUUUUACUUCAUAAUUGCAAUAAUUAUUUUAUUGCUUAUAAUCAUAAUAAUACUUUGUUUAUAGUAGGUAGGUAGGUACUGCAAACUUGGCGGUUCUUAUAUUGUGACCAAUUAAAAAGCUUAAUUCUU